AUGCAUCAUUAUAAGAAAGAAAAUAGAAGGCCAAAUUAAUUAGACAUCUGCAGUAAAACGCCUAGUAGAUUGUAGACUACUCGUCUGCUGAGAGUUCAUUCACCAAGCACAUCUCAAAGUCCAUUUAGAAGCAUCAAUAAUAAAAUAGCAGUUGUGAAUUAUUUGCCUCCAUCAACAAUGCCUAAAUCCCCAACUUCAUAAAUAACUUAUUUUAAGAGAAAGAAGAGCAAAUAAGAUGAUAUGCUUGAUGAAACUAUAAGUAAAUUGAGUUUUUUAGAAAAGAAGAUUGCUCAUAUAAUGGAGAAGAAUGAUUAAUUGAGAUCUCAACUAAAAAAGACAGAGCCAGAUUCAGUGGAAUCAUUUUCAUAUUACUUGAGUGGACCAACAAACUCAAAUAAGUAGUCAAAUUGUAUUAGUUAACAUACUUUGCAAUCCUAUGUGAAUUCUGUUAAACACACUAUUCACACUACUCAUUCUCCAAUUAAUAGUUCAAGAUUGCAAGAUAAGAUGGUUUAUCAUCAUAGAACAUCAAGUAAAACUCCAUCAGUGGGGAAAUUCAAGAAAUCCAAUAUCACAAUAAGAGACGAUGUUUAGAAUGGAAGAGGUAGAAAAGUGUAUGAGAAUGGAUUUGUUUAUGAGGGUGAUUGGGUGAAUGGAAUGAGACAGGGCAAUGGAACUUUGAAAGACUUCAAUCAGAAUAUUGUAUAUUAGGGUUAAUGGUUGAAUGAUCAAUUUUCAGGGAGAGGACGAUUUGUAAAUCAAGAUUACUAGGAGGAUGAAUUUAGAUUAUUAAACUUUAAGUAGUUCAAAUUAGUUUAGCAUUAAUUCACUUCUUAUGAAGGAGAAUUCAGGGAUGGGUAGUUUCAUGGUCAAGGAGUGAUGACUUUCAACUGUGAGGGGGAGGAGUUCAAGUUCGUGGGAGGAUUUGCAUAAGAUGCAUUUCAUGGAGUUGGAGCGUUGUCGAAAGACGAAAAAGUAAUAUUACAAGGGAAAUGGAUUUAUGGAUGUUUUGUUUGA